AUAUUGUGUGCAGUGUGGAGGAGACUCCACAGCCAAUCACAACAAAGAUCUCGGGCAAAUUUCCGGAAUGGAUCAACGGCAGCUUCUUGAGAAAUGGCCCAGGAAAGUUUGAAAUUGGAAACCAGAAGUUCAACCACUGGUUUGAUGGAAUGGCUCUUCUUCACCAGUUCAAAAUUUCCAAGGGACAGGUGACCUACAAAAGCCGCUUCCUCUCCAGUGAGAGUUAUCAGGCCAACAACGAAAAUAACCGCAUUACUGUGUCCGAAUUUGGGACUGUCACUGUGCCAGACCCUUGUAAAAACGUCUUUCAACGCUUCCUCUCCAAAUUUGAAUUACCAAGUGAGUACUAUCAGCACAAUUCAAUUUCCACUGAUAAUGCCAAUGUGAGCUUUGUGACCUACAAAGGUGAUUACUAUGUUAGCACAGAAACCAACUUGAUGCACAAAGUGGACCCUGAGACGUUGGAAACGACCAAAAAGGUAAACUGGAGUGAUUUUAUUGCUGUUAACGGAGCCACUGCACACCCCCACACUGAGCCUGAUGGAACAACAUACAACAUGGGGAAUUCCUACUCCUCUAAAGGAUCAUACUACAACAUCAUUGAAGUGCCUCCCACCAAAAACAAUAGCAAAGAAACCCUGGAGGGUGUGAAGGUACUUUGCUCCAUCCCCUCAGUGGACAAGACCAAACCUUCCUACUACCACAGCUUUGCAAUGUCUCAGAACUAUGUGGUGUUCAUUGAGCAGCCCAUCAAGAUGGACCUGUUGAAGAUUGUAACAGCGAAACUGAGAGGAAAGAGCAUUAGUGAUGGCAUUUAUUGGGAUCCAAAACUCAAAACAAUCUUUCAUCUGAUUCAUAAAAAAACUGGGAAGGUGAAUUCCUUUAAGUACAUUGCCAAGCCACUGUCAACCUUCCACCAGAUUAAUGCCUUUGAAGAAGAUGGUUAUUUAAUCAUAGACAUGUGUGCGUCAGACGAUGGCAUGGCAAUAGGAAACUACAACAUCCAGAACCUUCGCAAGUCUGGAGAAGAUCUUGACGAGGUGUAUAACACAAUGUGUAGAGUCUUCCCACGCCGCUUUGUUCUUCCUCUCAAUGUUGAUGACAAGACACCCUACAACCAGGACUUGAACAAUCUGUCUAAGAGCUCAGCCACCUCAUUAAGGAUUGGCAAGAACAAGAUCUUCUGUACCCAUGAAGAUCUUUAUGGGGAAGAUCUUCAUCAGUAUGGUGGUCUUGAGUUUCCUGCCAUCAACUAUGACAAGUACAACACCCGUCAGUACCGCUACUUCUAUGGCUGUGGCUUCAGACACCUUGUUGGGGACACACUGAUCAAGAUGGACAUCCAAGGCAAAACCAUGAAGGUUUGGGAACAAGAUGAUUUAUAUCCUUCAGAACCAGUCUUCGUCCCCUCACCUAAUGCUACAGAAGAGGACGACGGUGUUAUUUUGUCUGUGGUCAUCACUCCAAAAAUGGACAAGCGUACGUUCCUCUUGGUUUUGGAUGCCAAGACAUUCGAAGAGUUGGCCAGGGCUGAAGUGCCUGUAAAUAUCCCAUACGGUUUCCAUGGAACAUUCAAUGCGUCAGCCUAGCAAUUUAAAAAUAAUUAUAUUAAUAGUAAAUGGGCUAUACUUAUUAUGGCUAUGCACUAAAGACUACUAAAUUUAAAUAAGGUAGAAAUGUGAUGCUUGUAUGCUGUCUGUCCCCUCAUGAA